AUGGCCGCUGCCACCGAGCAGCUCCUCCUCCCCCAGGAGCAGCCCCGCCGUCGCCCACCGGUAUGGGGGCUCACGGUUGCUGCCCUUCUGCUGGUGCUGCUGCUCGCCGCCACCGGCCCUCUCCGUCCUAGGCUGUUCCGCGCGCCACCGCCAGCAGAGCGCGUCGCGCUUACCCUCCUCUCUGGCGCGAAGGAGAAGGGUGCAGUGUGCGUGGACGGAACACCGCCCGGUUACCACCUGCAGAGGGGCUCCGGCGACGGCGCCGACCGCUGGCUCGUCCAUCUAGAGGGAGGAGGCUGGUGCAGCACAGUCAAGGAAUGUUCGGGCAGCAGACUGUCCACCAAAGGUUCAUCCAACUUCAUGAAACCGAUACGGUUCAUGGGUAAUGGGAUCCUCGGCGGCGAUCAGCUACAGAAUCCUGAUUUCUACAACUGGAACAAAGUCUACGUGCGGUACUGCGAUGGGGCGUCGUUUUCUGGGGACGCGGAAGCUCAAGCACAGGAUGGAACCACACUAUACUUCAGAGGAUUGCGUAUCUAUGAAGCGGUUAUUGAUGAACUCAUGGAAAAAGGACUCACAAAUGCAACACAGGCCCUCUUUACAGGCUGCUCUGCUGGUGCUCUAUCCAUGAUGCUGCAUUGCGAUGAUUUUCGUGCAAGAUUUCCGCAGGAGGUUUCAGUUAAAUGCUUUGCAGAUGCUGGGUUUUUCCUUGAUGAAAAGGAUAUAUCCGGAAAAAGGUCCCUUUGGUCUCUCUACGACAGAGUCAUUCACCUCCAGAAUGUUAGAAAAGUGUUGCCCAAGGACUGCCUUGCCAACAAGGAGCCAACCGAGUGUUUCUUCCCGGCAGAGCUUAUCAAGAGCAUCCGCACCCCCAUGUUUAUUCUCAACCCUAGUUAUGAUUCAUGGCAGAUACGAAAUGUUCUUGUACCUGAUUCAUCUGCUCCUGGCAAGUCAUGGUUGAGUUGCAAGGAAAAUAUCCGAAACUGCAAUUCUACACAAGUUGAAGUCCUCGAUGGUUGGCUUAGCCUGUUAAUCCAUUUCUUUUUUUCCUCCCACCUUCAGCACAAAUGGUUUCGGGUUUGUGAAACACUAAAUUGUUGUUCUUCUCAAUCGAUAGGAUUAAGGAAUAAGAUGGUCAAUGACUUGAAGGUCGUCGAAGAUAAGGAGGACUGGGGCAUGUUCAUCGAUUCAUGCUUCACGCACUGCCAAUCGCUCUCCGGCGUGUCUUGGCAUUCACCAACCUCCCCGAGGCUUGAAAAUAAGACCAUUGCAGAAGCUGUUGGAGACUGGCACUCUGGAAGGAGCCAAGGAGCGAAAGAGAUUGACUGCAAGUAUCAGUGCAACCCAACAUGCAACAGUUUGCCGCCUCCACGAGAUGUUACUGCAUUUGACCAUGUCGAGAUCUACUAA